AUGGCGAUAAUAUCAUCAGCAGCAGCAGCGACGGCGACAAUCCUCACAAGCAGCAGUAACUUUUUGAGGUUUCGAGUUCAAUGUUGUUCUCCGUCUUCUGGAAAUUCUAACACAGGGCGUGGUUUUGGUUCCAAAACUGACAACAAAAACAAAACAAAGAAAGUGAGUAGAAGUAGUGAUAGCUCAAGUGAGGAGAAGGGUAUGGCUUUACAAGAAAGAAAAUCAACUGCUGCUGCCCCUUCAGCUUCUCAGGCACCGGGUUUAAGUUCUCGUUUUGGUGGAAAGUCUAGCAGAAAUACUGUGGACGUGGAUUUUGAGCAACGGCUGCAAGCAGUUAGAAGGUCAGCGCUUGAACAGAAAAAGGCAGAAGAAGUUAAAGAGUUUGGAACAAUUGACUAUGAUGCACCAGUUGAAACAGAAAAGAAGACAAUUGGACUUGGCACUAAGAUUGGAGUAGGAGUGGCUGUUCUGGUCUUUGGCUUGGUUUUUGCGCUUGGAGACUUUCUUCCUUCAGGAAGUGAUGGCCCAACUGAAGAAGCUACAGUAGUCAAUAAAAAGCUAUCAGAAGAAGAGCAAAGUACUCUUCGGGCUCGGUUGAAACAAUACGAGUCGACACUCAGCACUGCCCCUAAAGAUCCAAUUGCACUAGAAGGAGCUGCAGUAACAUUGGUCGAAUUAGGAGAAUACAAUCGGGCUGUCUCUCUGCUUCAGGACCUGGCAAAGGAGAAAACAAGUGAUCCUGAUGUUUUUCGUUUGCUUGGAGAACUUAAAUAUGAACUCAAAGAUUAUGAUGGGAGUGCUGCUGCAUAUAGGAUUUCUGCAGCGGUUUCAAAAAAUGUCAAUUUUGAAGUUCUGCGUGGUCUUACUAAUGCGUUGCUUGCUGCUAGGAAACCAGAUGAGGCUGUUCAAGUCCUCUUGGCUUCUCGUGCAAAUCUAAAUUCUGAAAAAGAAACUGAAUCACAGGAGGUGGACCCUAUUCAAGUUGACUUGCUUCUUGGGAAGGCCUAUUCAGAUUGGGGACAUGUAAGUGAUGCUGUGUCUGUUUAUGAUCAGCUUAUUUCUAGACAUCCUGAUGACUUCCGUGGUUACCUAGCAAAGGGAAUUCUAUUAAAAGAAAACGGAAGUGUUGGAGAUGCAGAGAGGAUGUUUAUACAAGCACGAUUUUUCGCUCCGGAGAAGGCCAAGGCGCUCGUAGAUCGUUAUGCAAGAAACUGA